GAGAGGAGGAGAGAUAGAGAGGGUGGGGGGGCUUGGCUGGGAGGCUGAGGAGGACCUGAGCGCAGAGGAAGAAGAAGAAGCAGCAGCGGCAUUAGAGGAAGAAGAAGAAGAAGAAGAAGGGUCAUCAUCCGACACUCAUCAGUGACAGCUGCUCAGGAUUUUAGGCAUUCUUCCCCCUCACCACCUCUGGCCUGACGGACCCACCAGCCCAUCACCAUGAACUACCUCCGCCGGCGCCUGUCAGACAGCAGCUUUGUGGCCAACCUCCCCAACGGCUACAUGAUGGAUCUGCAGAGGCCGACUCCUCCAGGUUCAUCCACUUCCUCCCCGGCCUCCCCGGCCACAGAGAGGCGGCAGCCCCCGAGCGCCCCGACUCCGGGCCCUAACCCAGCCUCGGGCCCAGCCCCGACUUCGGGCACAGGGAGCUUCCUCAGCUCCUUCUCCAGUGUGGUGAAGAGUGCUCAGAUGGCCCAGAAUGUCGCUGCCGCUGCACACGCCAAAUCAGCAGCAACAGCAGCUGAAGGAGCCUCGACGGGAAGCAGCCAGCCACCUAAACCUGUCAUACGCAAGCCCAAGAUCUUGCUUGUCAUUGAUGAUCAGCACACAGACUGGGCAAAGUAUUUUCGAGGGAAGAAGCUGAACGGAGAAUAUGAGAUCCGAGUGGAGCAGGCGGAGUUCUCAGAGAUCAACCUGGCCUCCUACGUCACCUCGGGAUGUAUGGUGGACAUGCAGGUCAACAAAGGUGGCACCAGAGUGGUCAGGUCCUUUAAGCCAGACUUCGUCCUGAUUCGCCAGCACGCCUACAGCAUGGUCCCCGGUGAGGAUUUCAGGAACCUUGUGAUCGGCCUGCAUUUCGGUGGCGUCCCAAGCAGCAACUCUCUCUUCUCCAUCUACAACUUCUGCAGCAAACCUUGGGUGUUUUCUCAGAUGAUUAAGCUCUACCACUCUCUUGGUCCUGAAAAAUUCCCCCUGAAUGAACAAACCUUCUAUCCAAACCACACGCAGAUGGUAACAACCCCGACAUACCCUGUGGUGGUCAAGAUGGGACACGCCCACGCUGGCAUGGGGAAGAUCAAAGUGGAAAAUCAACAGGACUUCCAGGACAUCACCAGCGUGGUGGCUCUGGCUGGGACCUACGCCACCACCGAGCCCUACGUCCAGUCCAAAUACGAUAUCCGCAUCCAGAAGAUCGGCAACAACUACAAGGCUUACAUGAGAACGUCCAUCUCUGGGAACUGGAAGGCUAACACGGGCUCUGCCAUGUUGGAACAGAUCGCGAUGACUGACAGAUAUCGGCUGUGGGUGGACUCCUGCGCCGAGAUGUUUGGUGGCCUAGACAUCUGUGCAGUGAAGGCCGUCCACGGAAAAGACGGCAACGACUAUAUCAUCGAGGUGAUGGACAGCUCCAUGCCUCUGAUUGGUGAGCAUGUGGAGGAGGAUAAACAGCUGAUCACAGAGCUGGUCAUCAACAAGAUGGCGCAGGUGCUGCUGGGAGUCACCACACCUCAGCCUUCCUCUGUCAAGACCACACAGCCCAGACGAGGGGGACACCGCUCUGCUUCUGCAUCUCCAUCCCAGUCAGCCCAGGGUUCACCUCAGCGAGCCCGAUCAGCCACCACCUCACCCAGCCAGGCCUUCCAGCCCGGCCCCAUCCCUGCCACCUCCGGGCCUGGAGCUCAGAAACAGUCACCACAGCUAAACAAAUCCCAGUCGCUGACCAACACCUUUACAGAGACGUUACGAGGAACCCUGACAGAUGACGAGGCCAAAGCUGAGACCAUCCGCAGCCUCCGACAGUCCUUCGCCAGCCUCUUCUCCGACUAAAAACCUCCCCAGAAGCUUCCUCUCUCUGUCAGUUGUCAGGUUUGGGGGGAAAAAAAAAGAAAACAACCUGACUGGUUAAUCUGUUCUGGAGUCUCCCUCCUCCUCAGAGCCUCAGCUUCCUGUUCCUCCUCUUUCCUUCUCACUGUUUGUGAACACCUGGUGAAUCCUGCUGUCCUCAGAUCAGUGAUUAAACUAACACUAGAAAGGCCAAGACUAGAUUUUGGGGUUGAAGAUGAAGAUGUCAAACUUUAAAAGCUAUUGACAUUUGCCCUCCUUACAGGACAUGUAAAGAGAUAAGUACAGACGCAGAAUCAAACCAGACCCCAUUCAAAUUUCUGCAACUUUUAAAUAGCUUGGUGAUUAUGUCUGUUUCCUCUUUGCUGGUCAUGCCAGUUUGAAUAGAUGCAGAAAAAGGUCAAUAUAAGCAUCAGUUCGGCUGAUAUUUGGCAGUCUUUCUUCCCCUUUUACCCAUAAUCCUUUGUGUUUUUAUAGAAUAGCACUGCGGUGAUCAUGUUAGACGACUGAGUCAUUUUCAGGCAUUUCGAUGCUGUAAUUUGGCGUGUUUAAAGUUGAAAAAGAGUUGAAAAGCAUCAAUAAAAACAUGUGAAUUCCCCCUUUAGAUCAGCAGUCAGCUGUCAGCAGCUUGGCCUUUCUAGUGGUAAAGAAUCACAGUAAA